AUAGUAUUUCAAGGGAACGUAAUUAAAAGCACACACGCAGUUAAAGGGAAAUAGUUCUAUUAAACAUUUAAACCGAAAGAAACGUACUAUUAGUUCGCAGUAUUAACAAACAGAGACUAGUGUAACAAUGAUAAAUCAAACUAUCAAGACAUUAUUUGAACUCCGCGCAUUUUUUUCAUUCUUCUCUUUUUGGUAUUUUAGCGUCCACGCAUUAAUUAAACCAUCGUAAACACACAGCGGCACGUCAAUCUAUUGCGUAUUAAGAAAGUAAAGGAACUGAAACAUAAGACGUAGGUUCUGUUUGAACUAUCUGGCCGCUAGAAUGACGUCAUUUCACUUUAGGCCUGUGGGACUACGUUAGAAUGUUAGUACCGCCUCAUGUGUAAAUAGCCCUGGAAUUACUUGUCUCGUAUUAAUGUGUAACUAAGAUUGGAUAAGACUUUCUUUACGUUUUACAGGGCGUAACCUGAUGUAGAUAACUAAACAGCUUAAUCAGACAUCAAGCUUUUUGCCUGGAAUAAGAGAUUAACAUUAGUUAGCAGAAAAAUGGAAAGCAAGCUUAAGUACGUGAUAUCUAAAGAAGGCAUUAUCAAGUUUCUUGUUCUUCUAUUUGGUUGCACCACUUUCGCACUAAUAGCGGAUAGUAACAGUUAUAGCUAUCCUAGUGCAAAGACAUGGGCGUUUGCAGCGUACAUUAUAUCAUGGAGUAUUUCUCUGCUGUUCUAUUUCUUUCAUGCCACCGGCUUGGCUCGCCAAAUGAACUGCGGGGGUUCAUGUACGUAUGACGGAUUUGAUUUCUUGUGGUCAUGGUUAUCAACUAUUCAUAUUCUUGGCGCCUCGAUCGCAUUUUCUAUUUACGUCACCGGCAGCUCUGGCUCUGCUUACUACGCGAAACAAGCUUCAGCUGCUGCCAUUGGUUUCAUGACGUUUGCACUGUACGCUGUCGAGUCGUUCGUCCUACGUUCUUAUGCCCCUGCUAAUGCCGGUUACAUUGCAACUUGGAGAGGCUGGCUGAAGACUGCUAUAUUAGUAGGCGGUGCUGCUUCAUUUAGUUUGCUGGUCGACUCUGGUUACUCAUGGUGUCGUACAUCGUACGUGCGAGAUUGGAUUGACGUAUGCGCUCUCGGCUUACUGCAUAGCAUGGGGAAUCAGCGUGUUUGUAUUCCUAGGACGAAUGUUUCUUCCGGCGUCAAAAUCGUCAGCAAAACCGUUUACGGUGUUCCAGUUUGUGUGGUCAGUCAUUAGUUGCCUGCUGUUCUUAUCAGCUUCCUCUUGCUUUGCUGCGUACAUGAAGUGUUCGAAUUUUGAUUAUAAUUACUGCCGAGAAAGAUUGGCAGGGGUUGUGGUCGGUUUCGUCACUGCAAUACUCUAUAUUGUGGACGCUGUGGUUCAUAGACCCCAAAGAUAAAGUUGUAACAUUCAGUAUAAUGUUUUGUACGUAUAACACAACUCUGCUGGCCAUCAUGGACAUUUUUCUAGAGGCCAUAGACGUACUCUGCUGGUUCUGGACAUUUUAUUGAUAUUUUAUUGUUGAUGUUUGACAUAUGUCACGGAAUAAACGUUCCCGCAUGA